AUGUUUUCCCGUCGUAAGCACCGCACCGCCCAUGCCACCGCCUACACGGGGGUAAACCAUGCUCCGCAGCCCGCCCAGGCUCCCUCGCACAACGCAAUGGCGGCAGCAUUGACUAUUGGCCAAUCCUUAAAAGACCCAUCGGCUCCCCAGGGACAGGUCCGCCGGCUGGCUUCAUUCCAAACAAACCCAAAUCAAACCAUUGGACGCCUGGGUUCGGUUCGCCAGCUGCCCCAAGCCCGGCAGGUUCCGAGACUGCCAUCUAUCAACCAGGGCCGUCGAAUGGAUCAUUAUAAACAACCUCCUGGAACAGACUCGAGGCGCAGUUCAUUUCAGAAUGUUAAUGGUAACCACGAUAACUCCAGUUUUAACGAUAGCUUUGGCAGCUUCAACGACAGUUUCAAUGACCAUGCGGUGAGCGAUUUGAAGCUUUCUGACCCGAACAACGUCCCGGUGAGAAUGGUGAAAAAGUAUAUUCCCACACCCACAGGCAUCAAAGUCGUGGAAGUUCCUGAAACCAACUUUGCUAAAGAAGUAGCACGCAGCAACUCGCUCCGGUCAGGACCCAACAUGUACAGAUCCGGGUCUUUGAACUCGUUGUCUCAAAAUCGUAGAAUUCCUCGGCUGCUGUCUUUGACCGGAAAACCACCACAACAAUCAUCAUCGGCAGUUAGGCAAUCGCUGCGGCUCUCGAGCUUGCAAGGCGCCAAGGGAAUGUCUUCGAUGGUGGAGGAAGAAGAGGCGGUGGACACGGCGGACGAUGUGAAGGACCACCAGAAAAAGUUAGAGGCUCUCCAAAAACAGAUAGACAACGAAAAGAAGAUGGCGCGGGAAUUGGAAGAGAUGAAGAGUGAAUUCGAGCGUUUGAAGGCAGAACGUCUUAGAAAAGAACAAGCCAUUUUGGAGUUGGACCAAGAAAAAGACCUUGAUACUCAUGCACCCACGCAGCCUGUCGAAUCCGAAGAAGAGGAUGUUCCCAUUGUAGAGCCACCUUUUGCAGUCGACGAAUUGGCUAAAAAGGAACUUCGUGAAUCAUCGUCGCCUAUUUUGCGUCCCGACUUGGGUACCGUUGAAGAUACAUUGGAGGAUAACUUGUCAGAAAAGUCCUCGGUUUAUGAGGCGGAAGUGAUCCCUGAUGCUUCUAUCGAUGCCAACGCCGUUACUGUGGAUGAAUUGGACAAGAAAAAUGCGGUUGAUGAAAACUCAGCACCCGACCACGAACAGAGCUUUUCCACUUUAGAUCCUGCAACGGGAGCCGAACUUGGUAUUAUCAACCACUAUGCUCCUUCACCGGAACGUGAUGGUGAAACUGAGCUCGUCAGUGUGCCCGAUCUUCCUGAUCCACUGCUUGAUGCAUCGAUGUUAAAACCUCAGUUUGAUCCCAGCCCCGAAUAUAUCGACUCGGACGACUCAAAGAACAUUGCUGAUCUGUUGCAUCUUCCGCCUCCUAUCAAUAAUGUUAGCAGCUCCAACUCCUCGGUUCGCUCUGGGGGCACUUUCGACUCGUCCUCGCCUCACAAGUCGGCUUUGAAACCAAAGAAGUCCGCAAUUAAAAAUUCAAACUCUUUCUACAAUUCAUCACUGCAGUCAGCACCCAGAGCACAAAAUCCUGCUCGCGAAGCAUAUCUUUCUUUGACAACGGCAGAGAAUACCAGAUUGAACUCCAAGCUUUCUUCGUCACAGUUGGGCGAUGCGCUCGCGGUUAACGGCUUCGAUAGUCAUCAUUACCCAACUGCGAACAAUUCUGCCAAGAGACAAUCCGUCUCGAGAAAACCACCUCAGCAGCAAUUGCAACAGUCACCUCAACCACAAGGUCAUCAACAAGGGAGUGUGAUGGCACACAAGACCUUGCGACCAAAUUCAGAUGUGUUCCACCAUGGCCAACAUCAACAACACGCCCAAGGAGCAGGGGCCGGUGGUAUGAGCAGCCGUUCUCUUCGGGAUCGUAAUUCGUAUGUUGCACCUAUGGCGCCUCAUCCAGCCUUACAACCCAACUAUCAAUCACCAUCAAAACAAAGAGCUGCUGAGCUUUAUGCCAAGGCCAACUCUAGACCAAUUUCCCAAUUCAGACCUUUAAACACAAAGAAAUCGUCUUUUGACAAGGAAAGUGAAGGUGCUAAUGGCUCCGGUCAGCAGCCUAAAGUCACUAGAACGACUCUUAGAGAUAAUACUUCAGCACCGCAGACUCAACCACAGCCAUCUACCGUGCCACAGAGUGAUGCUAAUGCUCACAGGAUUCUGAGCUCCUCUGAAUCCGAAAGUCCUACAAAACACAGAUUCACUUCUCGUAUUGCGGAUUCAGACGACGAGGAAGUUCCUCAACUAGCUGCCCAUUCUGCCGCCGAAAAUCACCCAGUGGAGCAAGCCCCUGCACUGGCACCAGUUGUCUCAGAGAGACAUACAUUGAGGCAACCCAAGGAAGAAGAAAAGCCACCCAAAGGUAAAAAGAAGUUUGGCAAGUUACGAAAACUUUUCGGAAGGAAUAAUGAGCUGCGUUAA